GUUCGAAGCUUUCUCCUUUUCACGAACAAGAACAGGGACUGAAAAAAACACUGAAGUUUUUGAAGCUUUUCAGGGACGACCCCACAGUGUCCUAUCUUAUCGCAUGCGAUUUAUCCCUGAGAAAUGGAUGAUAAAUUUGCCCAAGAGCUAUAUUCAGAAAGUUUGCAGCUAUCCAAUUUACAAUUAGGCCAUCCUUCAACUGCCAAUGAUUCCAGUGAGGUUGACAUUCAGGCCGACGAUGGAUCUUUAUGGGGUGGUUCAGACGAGGAAUUGGAUAAAACAUCGGAUUUAGAUCGAGAAUGGCAGAGAAGGCAUGACCAAUUCCAUACGAUCGGUUAUCGAGAUGGCCUAAUAGCAGGGAAAGAAGCUUCUGCACAAGAAGGUUUUAAUAUCGGCUUUAAGCAAUCAGUUCCCGUAGGAUACAACUGGGGCAUUACAAGAGGUGUUACCAGCGCACUGGAUUGUCUUCCGGAUGUGUUAAGGGAGAGAUUGAUUGAAACACAAGAAAAGAGAGAUAAAUUUCAGGAGUUAUAUAGAUCUGUGAAUUCACUUUCUUCUCUUGAUGCACUUAAGUUGUUCCAUGAUGAUAUUUUGACAAAGAAAGCAGGUACAGAAGAGCAAAGCUCAAAUUCUGCUAGUUUGGGAACUUAUACUGCAAAGCUCCAAUCACUUAUUAUCGACUCACCCGGAAUCCAAGUUCAUUUCUUUCAUCAAGAAGUUUCGAGUCCUGAUCUUUGUUGAAAAACUGAAUGUGCAUUCUUGUUUUACUUCUUUUCAGUUAGUAUGUUGAUAAUAC